CUCAGAGGAGCAGGCCGCCGCCGCCGCCGCCAUGGAGGCGAAGCCCAGCGAGCUGGUGCUCUGCGACAGCCUCAUGCUCUGGUUGCAGACAUUUAAUACCUCUGGACCCUGCAAAGAUGUUCAAGACUUGACAAAUGGUGUUGCAAUGGCACAGGUACUUCAUCAAAUAGAUGUUGCCUGGUUUGAUGAAUCAUGGCUAAGCCGUAUUAAAGAAGAUGUUGGUGACAACUGGAGAAUAAAGGCCAGUAAUCUGAAAAAGGUUCUGCAAGGAAUUAUGGACUACUAUCAUGAGUUUUUAGGUCAGCAGAUUUCAGAAGAACUUGUUCCUGACUUAAAUCAGAUAUCUGAACAUUCGGAUCCUACAGAGCUGGGCAGGUUACUGCAGCUUAUUCUAGGUUGUGCAGUCAACUGUGAAAAGAAACAAGAACAUAUACAAAAUAUAAUGACCCUGGAAGAGUCUGUUCAACAUGUUGUUAUGGCUGCUAUUCAAGAGCUCAUGAGCAAGGAAAUACUGAGUUCUGUCACAAAUGAUACAUCUGGUGAAAUGGAGCAACAGAUGAAAAGAGCCCUUGAAGACCUUCAAGAAGCACUAGCAGAAAAAGAAGAACUGAAGCAAAGAUGUCAAGAACUAGACCUGCAGGUGGCUGCCCUUCAAGAUGAAAAAAACAACUUGAUGUCUGAAAACGAGGUCAUGAAUGACAGAUUAGACCAGUUAGAUGGCUCUCUUGAUGAUCCAAAUACUGUUGUUGCAAAAAAGUAUUUCCAUGUACAGCUGCAGCUAGAACAACUGCAGGAAGAAAACUUCAGGCUUGAAGCUGCAAAGGAUGAUUAUCGUGUUCACUGUGAAGAUCUGGAGAAACAACUGAUUGAGCUGCAACAUAGAAAUGAUGAGUUGACCUGUUUGGCAGAAGAAUCUAGGGCCCUAAAAGAUGAAAUUGACGUUCUUAGAACUUUUGCAGAUAAGGCAAGUAAACUGGAGUCAACAGUUGAAGUGUAUCGUAAAAAACUGGAGGACUUGAAUGACUUCCGCCGACAGGUGAAGUCUCUGCAAGACACCAACAUGAUGUAUAUGCAUAAUACAGUCAGCCUAGAGGAAGAGCUAAAGAAGGCAAAUGCAGCACGUGCUCAGCUGGAAACAUACAAAAGGCAGGUCCAGGAGCUUCAUAACAGACUUUCGGAGGAGUCCAAAAGAGCUGAUACUUUAGCAUUUGAAUUGAAGCGACUUGAAGAAAAGCAUGAAGCUUUAUUCAAAGAAAAAGAGAGACUUAUAGUACAGCGUGAUGCUCUGAAAGAAACUAAUGAAGAGCUCCGGUGUUCUCAGAUGCAACAGGAUCGCCUGAAUCAAGCAGAUGCAUCUGUUGUAAAAAGUCAUGAGAAUCUUGCUGCUGAAAUUCUACCAGUGGAAUACAGAGAAAUGUUUAUUCGACUGCAGCAUGAAAACAAGAUGCUUCUCUUGCAACAAGAAGGUUCAGAAAAUGAACGUAUUGUAGAACUCCAGGAACAGCUAGAGCAAAAGCAUCGGAUGAUGAAUGAACUGGAAACAGAAAAAAGGCUAAGCAAUGAGCGUAUUGGAGAGCUGCAGCAACAGAUUGAGGAUCUCCAAAAGGCUUUGCAGGAGCAAGGAUCCAAGACAGAAGGAUCCAGCAAGCUGAAGCAGAAGAUAGAAGCACAUAUGGAAAAACUGAAUGAAGUCCAUGAUGAGUUACAGAAAAAAGAGGCACUUUUUGCAGAGCUUCAGCCAGAUGCAAAUCAGAACUCUCAAAAGAUUGAUGAGCUGGAGGCAGCUUUGCGUAAAAAAGAUGAAGACAUGAAAGCAAUGGAAGAAAGAUAUAAAAUGUACCUGGAGAAAGCAAGAAAUGUGAUAAAAACCUUAGACCCCAAACUAAAUCCAGCAUCAGCAGAAAUUAUGUUGCUGAGAAAGCAGCUAAUAGAGAGAGACAAAAAAAUUGAAGCACUGGAGAGUGAAUGUAAGAUUGCCAAGUUGCGUGAUUAUGAAGAAAAGCUAAUUGUAUCUGCAUGGUAUAACAAGAGCCUGGCUUUCCAGAAGCUCAGUAUGGAAUCCAGACUGGUGGGUAGCAGUACCUGCAAAGACCCUGGGUCAUGCCCUCCUGGACGCUCUUUCCUAGCACAGCAACGACAUGUCACCAACGCCAGACGGAAUCUCUCUAUUAAAGUACCUAAUGCAACAUCGGAUUAAACCACAAAGGAAACGUUUACACUAAAGUGUCCUUAAAAUAUUUUGUGGCUUCCAUUGUAACUACCUGACCGAGGAAGAGGUUGUGAUGCUGGGCUUCAGCUAUUUUAACAUCAAAACUUAUUGAAUACACAAUGGUAAAUUAAUUUGGUGAAUGGUUUCUAAAAAUCAUCAGCACUCUUAGUCUACUAAAGACUGUUGCGCCAGCAACCUUUUCUAAAAAGCAGCACCUAGAUGGAAGUAGAUUUGAAUAACUGAAGUAUGUGUUUACAAGCACAGCUUUAAAGAUUUAUAUUUGUCUUCAUAGUAUAUUGUAUAUAAAUACAAAAAAUUGGCAAUAUAUAUUAUAUUUAAUAUUUUUAGUCUGGAAUUGACUGAUUUUUUUUAACAGAAGAACAAUUUUUGGAAAACAUCAGAAAAUUGAUAACACUAGGUAUAUUUGCUGGAUCUUUAUAACAUAAAGAAAAAUCAGUCCUUUGGCUAGAAGAGUCCAUAGUUUUAAAAUGAUGCAUUUGUGAAUCAAGAGAAUUUUGGCAUUCCAAAACUGUUUAGUGACUUCAGGACUUAACUUUUAAGACAGAAGAUAUAUCACUAUCUCAAUCAAGAAGCAGAAAGUUUCAAUCUACUUAAAAUGGUAACUACUUAAUUUGUUUAAAUUUGUGUAUAUACUUAAGGAAAACCUGUCUUUAACGUGCUGAAUUCACUAAAGCCAAAAAGUCUGUCUGUUUGAAUUAAUGUAGUAGUCAAUAAUGUUUUUUAAAAAAACAACACUUCUAAAAUGUAGUUGUAUUAUAUAAUUUUUAUUACAGUCUUUGGGAGGGGAGAAAUCCCUACUAUUUAUUCAGUUAAACAGCUUUGCGCAUAAAAAUCACUCUCUCAUUCCUCAGGUUUUUAUAUAUUUUCUUUAAUUACUGUGAACUAAUCACAUCAAGCAGACAGGCUAAUGGAGAGAUCUUUGCGCAUGGUUAGUAACAUAGAUUGUUUGGCAUGGAAAAGAUAAAGGUACAAGACAUCCGGUAUCCCAGAUCUCGGAAGAUGAACAUAGCUAGAUGGAUUGGUGUGAAAUUUAUCUGUAUCAUUAAAUUUAUUAAAUGUAAUUUGGGAUAUUGCAGAUUAUGUACUAUCUGUAUUUUAUGACUUCUAAACCAAACUUUGUACUUUGGGAUAAUUUAAGCAUUAUACCCAGAUGUAUAGAUACUCUUUCCUUAAACCUGUUUAUUAAAUCAUUUUAACAGUAGCUUUAAUAAAAAUUUGUUUCACACCUAUCCAUACAACACUUCAGUUGACAUUUGUUUACAAAAUGGCUAUUUUCACAUCAAAAACUUACAAAAAAGCACCUUUAAAAAAGAUUUUUUGAAUUUUCCAUGAUCUUUAUAAACUGACUAGACCAGUCUGUCACAUCAAUAGUAAAAUAACACAGUGAAUAAAGUCACAGCAGACUUAAAAGAAACCUAAUCUAGCAAACUAAGGUAAAGAUGUGAGGCUACCAUACCUAUAGUAUAGUAAACAUCACGUGCUUGGAUUAAAAGAAUGUGUGUAUCUUUUCAAUAUUAAAGCCAUAUUAAUUUGAAAGCUGGACUCAAUUUUGCUUGCAAAAUUCAAAAUUAGGUCUUUUUGAGUUUGUAAUGAAAUAUGAAUUUUGAGUAGCUUUGCAUUUCAUUAGAUACUUCACAAGCCUCUAAAUAAGGCUUCUCUUUUGAUCUCUUGCUGCCCUAAGGUCCUGAUCAUUCUGGAAAUGGACCUCCUGCAUGAUUCCACAGGAAAAGUCUGUCCACUCGUUCAGUUUGUGUUUCUUUAAAAAAGUGUUUUGCUCUCUUUACAGUAUUAUAAAUAUCAGCAUUCAAUUUGAUUUCCUCCUAAAAUGUUUAUCAAUAGAGAGAGCUGAAAUCUAACCGUAUACUACACUUAUUUGUAAUAAAUAUUCUAAUUGAAUUAUUGUUAUUUUGUCUUUCAAGUUCUGUCCUGCAGAAUUCUGUGCUUCUGUUGAUGACUCUUAGUGAUGCAUUGAUAUUGCUGGAUUGUGUUUUUGUAUGUUUCUAAGCUUUGAUUGCCUACUAUUUGAUUGAAAUGGGUGGGUGGGUGGGAAGGCAACUUUUGCAGAUGUCUUAGCAUGACUCUUAUGUUUAAAAGGUUUGGUAUUUUAGUAUGUUCUUUGUGAAAUGUGGAACAGAAUUAUCACUAAUAUCAUUGAAUAGGUGUUUUUCCCUGUAAAUGCGAUUUCACAAACACGGUAAUUCUUCGGCUUCCUUUUGAAAGCACUCACCUAGAAUAUAGUCCUAAUGGAUUCUGUCAUAUGUUAUCACAUUAGUGUUGCAGUGUCAAUAUCGCAAGUCAGGUGCUAGUAGGAAUAGAACCCUUUCACCAACCCUUCUCAAAACUGCAGACACCAGGUCCAAAGAACUUGAAUAAGGAAUAUGAUCCCUUUUACUUAGCUGAGGCUGUGUCAGCUAAGUAGCAGUAAGCAUUUUAGUGGUUACUCAAGGACAGCUUGGAUUUUCAGAGAAGGAUUAUCUGUAUGAGGUGUUUCUGGGAUGGCCAUCACUAUGUAUUUAGCUGUCAGAUAAAAUUUUACUUAGAAUUAUUGGAACUGGUAAAGCAGUAUGUCACUUCUUUACCAUCUGUUCAGGACUAGUUAGAAGUUGUAGAAGAACUAUUUUCACAGGUCUGGUUAAAUUUGGACCUCCACCUGCGAGUGAGGAAUUGAUCAACAGACCUCAGUAUUUGAUCACGAGCCAUUCAUCUACUAUUCAUUUCCACUCGUUUUAAGGUGGUAUAAUAAAAAAUGCAGUAGGAUUAACCUUUAUAUUGAGCAUGUUUUGAGAAUCUUUAUUGAUGGCACACUCUUUAGAAAAGUGUUGAAUUAUUUAGCUACAAAUUACUGAGCUAUGUACAACUGGUAUUGUUUCCCAGAUUUACUUAGUGUGGACAAUUGGGGUGAUCCAGAGACUAGGGCUAUUGGCUGUCUCGUGAUAAAUCUAAUUUAUGUUGUGUUCAGAUGUCACAGCUAUAAAUGCACACAGAUUAUUAAAUGAGAUAAUUGAUUCCUGCUGUAUUUCUCCAGUACAGCUAAUAAUGUUGGAAAGAAGUAACUUUCUAAUAAAGCUGGUAAUAUAGAUCCAAUGAUGAAAGAAAAAAUCCCCUUUGCAAAUGUUGUAAAUUACUAGAGCGUUGUUUCAUGGAUGGUUUUGGGGAUAGAGAUUUCACUUGGUGUGAGACCAUUUAAUUUAAUUUGUAAUAAGAUAUUUGUAUGGGAUUAACUCUGCCCCUUUGGUUGAAAUAUGGCUGUUCUGGUGGUUCCCAUUAAUAAUCCUAAUUUUGGAUUAUUAGAUUUCUGUCAUUCCUAGGUGUAUCAGGCAGCUUUAACACACCUAUAUUUUAAGAGAUUAAGAUACAUUCAGUGAAAUUAAUGAAAAUUUCACCUAAUAUUGAUUUUUUUCUUAAUGAGAAAUAUGCAAAAGUAUUCUGUUUUCUAUCAUAAGCAUUUACUUGGUGACAACUAGUAAAAGCAAUACUAAUGUUUUAUUUAAGCAGUCAUAGAUUAGGAAUUUUUUUUAAAUAAAUGCUACUUAGUUAAUGAUGUCUAAUAAAGUAACUUUCCCAAAUCUUUUACUUUUGUUUCCACUCGUUCUGCCAGGUUUGAGGUUUACUGUGUAUCAAUGUCUAAAUUUUCUGUUUUUAAAACAAACGUAAAGACUGUGUUAUCACAUAGAACUGGAAAAAAAAAUUGCACUAAUUUUUAAACUCUGGUUUUAUUCUUUCUCUGGAAAAUAUUAUUUUAUAUUCACAUAAAGAUUUUUAAAAUGAAUUCAGUGGUCUCUUUAUUUUAAGUACUGCAUUUAGUAGUCCUUAUACCAUAAAUUCUUUGUGAUAGGAGCCGUGUCUAUCCCUUAGUUUGUACAGUGUCCUGAUCAGCACCUUUGGGUGCUGUCAUAAUUACUGUGCCUAAAAUGUAGCUUACAAGCUAUAGAUUUGUUUAAAUCAACCUCGAGCUUCUCGUUCUUGCCAUCAAAGUCCUGCAUAACUUAAUUCCUCCUACCUUUCUGCUCUUGUUUCCAUUUAAGCUACAUUACUAACUUUUCUUCAAGGGAUUGUCCAUUUGUAUUCCACUUUUAGCAGUGCACUUGCACCUCAUGCACGUGAGAUUGGAUUAUUUUGUCCAUUUGGGACUGCAUCUACACCCCACAUGCCCUCUGGUGUUUUGUAGCCAAGGGUAUAAAGGGCAGACGGCCACAACUGUCCAUCACUUCUUCUUGCCUCCCGGUGACAGUGAGACGGAACUCUUUCAGCAUCCAUGUCUUUCUACAAGUGUUCUCUAGUUUUGAGUUUAGUAUUCCUUAGUAUGGUAUUCCUUUUUUAUUUGUGUGUUGGCAAAUUAAAAAUACAAAGACAAGAUCUCCAGCUUCAGGAGUGCAUGGGUACUGGACCCCGCAGUUCCCAAAACAUGGCAGAGUCUAAAUCCCUCCUGCAAGGCAGCUGUUCAUAUCAGUGAUGGAGAAUCAAAAUGCUGCUUCUGCCUCAGUGAAGUAUAUAUAGCACUUAAGUGCUUAGUUUAUUGCCUUUUUUAAAAAAGGACACACAAAGUGAGGGAAUCCUUCCAAAAAACAUUUUUCCUUGUGAAAAGAUCUCUGAAUGCAUCUUCUGUGCCAUAUGAGGAAGAAACUGGACCAGAUCGUGUCUGCUACUGCUUCUGUUAGCCCCAGGACCACCACAAGCUCCAGACUUUAUAUGUUUAUGGAAUUGUCAAGAGCCUCCAAACCCUUCUCAAUGCAAUCUUCUGAGGAGAGAGGGAGGGAAGAGCACUGCUCAGAGUGAUAAGAAAUGAACCUCUCUCUUACUAGCACCAACUAGAAUGGCAGGCAUUUUGAGGCCCAGAUCAGGUACUGCUGACUGACACCUGAGCACUGAUUGGUCACCAGACACCAGCCCGUCAGGAGCCAACGUGUACCUCUUUCUAUACUAGCACCUAAUAUUGGAGUGCUCUGUGCCCUCAUCCACUACACCUACCAUGCAACCAGCCAAUGUUGAGGGAAACACUCCUAGAACUGACUUUCUUGGUACCAGGAAGAUUCACGGUAUUGCGUGACUUGGAAGUAACCGAACAACCAGAGUCAUCAUUGCUGGGCGUUGUAAAGAAAUUCCUAGUACCGGUGCCAUCUGCCUGUAUCAGCCACCUCAGUUCCUGCACGGGACACUUCAGGAUCCUCUAGAACUCCAAGAAGGAUGGCCCAGCCUAUGGAGGAAAUGUAUUUUCUCCUCCUCUGCGUCAUAGCAAAGUGGAGACAUGUUGCCCAUGUACUUACCACACUCUCCUGGCUAUGAGCCAAAUUACUCCAACAGUGAGUCCAGAGGAUACUUUUUCAGAAGGGGACAUCAGGAGAUGUGUGACGAGCCCCUCUCCUGUUAAUCUCCGUGGCCAACAAUACCAAACCUGUCCAAUUCAUUCAUGGUCAUUGGGGGCCCUUUGGGGGAUGUCACCAAGAAGAAAGACUUCAGCAGGUGCUCCUGCCUCCAAAAAGUGGGUCUCCUUGACCUCUUGGGACAUCAAAAAGGUCCACCAUACUUCUCAACGUCGGGACUAGGACACAGAGCAGGAUGAUGGUGGCUGUCCACCUUAUACCAGUGGCAGUAUCAUUUGAUGAGGCCAUCACCCCAGCUUUUCCAACCCAGUCAGAUGACUGCCAGAUCCUCCAAAAGCUUUUCCGGUGACCAGUACCCUGAAAUUCCAGUAGGCAUAGUGCAGGAGAAGUUACACAAAUUUGUCAACAUUGUGCAGUCCCCAGAAGCACCUGCCACCUUUAGUGACUCCAAUAGUAUGUAUUCUAGAUUACUUGCUAGCUCUCAAGUGUUUUUGACUCUCUAGCUCUAUAAGAGUCCAUUUGGAAGCUAUUUCCUCUCAUCAUCCAACCAAAAGUCACACCCACUGGUUCCUAGAUUUCUCAAAGGCCUCAUUCAUGUCUUUCCAGUAGUCUGAGACUUCACCCAUCUGAGACCUCAGUGUAGUAUCAUCAGCAUGAAAGGGCCCUGCCCUUGAACCUUUAGCAAUCUGUUCUUUGUACCACCUUUUUGUGAAGACAGCUUUCUUGGGGCAUGUCUACACUUACAGCAUUGUAGCGGCGCAGCUGUACUGGUGCAACUGCACCACUUCAUUGUGUGUGGUGAAGAUGCAUUAUGCCAACAGGAGAGAAGCUCUCCCAUUGGCAUGAAAAAACCCACCCCCGCAGAAGGUCUCUCCCCAACCUAGCGCUGUGAGUGACGUAAGUUUUGCUGACACAAGUGGUAGUGUAGACAUAGACCUAGUGCCUAAGAAAGAAUA